AAGGAAGGAAGAAAGAAAGAAAGAAGCAAGUAGGGCGAUCUUAUUCUUUUCUGAGUUUUGGCAUCUAUUAUUUGAUGUGAUGAUCAAAUGAGUCACGGCUGUUUUCGAAUCCGAAAAUCAACUUCGCCUCAACCACCUAACCCCUUUGGAUGGGCAUACUUCUUUGAGUUCGGCUACAUUUAAAUUUCCGUUUUCUUACAGCGCCUAAACGAAUCGACACCUGUCUAUGGAACAAAAGCAACCCUCGAAUGGAUCGAGCAUGACCAGUACCAGUAGCGUUCUCUAGUGCCGCUGACAAACAUCACCAUGUUCUGUGCGUGUUUGGAAGAAGAAGAAAAGGCUUCCGGAGUUGUUGCUGCUCAGCCCUUUGUGGUUUCGGCCUUGUUUCUCCCUCACUGUGUCUCUUUCUCCCCUUUCUCCCUCUUACAUAUACAAACAAAUGAUAAUACGCUUUUUGGCUGUAUGCUUAUUAAUAGCUCAUCUUGCAGCUUCACAGUCCACCGAAGACGAUGUUCCUGAUAAGCCUGAGCCUUACAUUCCUCGUCCAGUUACAUAUGAAGGCGACUUUCGAUUACUCCAUGACGAACUCAAUCAGCCACUCAAUGGUCUCGAUCGUGAAUACUACAUAGCAGUUGAAGAAAUCGUUUGGGAUUACACUCAGUACUCCACUGAUAUUCCUGAGAAUACUGCCACUCAUUUCUGGACUGCUGACAGCUCAAUUCAGGUUGGGAAUCAGUACUACAAGGCUUUGUACCGAGAAUAUACGGACAGUACAUACUCUGCGUUAAAGCCACGGCCUCAAUGGCAAGGUUUAUUGGGACCUAUUCUACGAGCAGAAGUCGGGGAUACUCUGCGAGUGCAUUUGUGGAACAAAGCAUCGCAUGAUUUUUCUAUGCACCCGCACGGAGUAUUUUACGAGUUUGAAAUGGAAGGUGCUGUUUACAAGGAUGCCAAGGAGAAUUCGUUCGUCAAACCAAACGAUAAUUUUACGUAUACCUGGCAAGUGGAACCUAGGUCUGGUCCCGGUCCCGCAGAUGGUGAUUCACUUGUAUGGGGCUAUCAUUCACACGUUACUGAAAAUGACAUUUUCACAGGCCUUUUUGGCGCUAUUGUUGUAUAUCGACCUGGUGCACUUAAUGAAGCAACAAUCGCUAAUGAAGUUGUUACCGCAAUGUUUGCCAUCAACGAGAAUCAUUCUCCAUAUUUGUCCCAGACGGUUCAAAAAUUGGCGCCUUAUGUGGAUCUCGAUCUUGUCAAAUACAAUCAAACGACGAUGCGAACAUUUCGGCAAUCAAACAUCAAGCGAACUAUCAACGGGCUACUAAUGUCUGAGCCGAACGACCUUAUUUUGAAGCAAGAUAAGCAAGUACAAUGGCACUUGCUGGGCUGGGGCUCUUUCAACGAUCUGCAAAUGAUUUCGUGGCAGCAAGCACAAAUUUCCUUGUUCGAUGUUCCAGUAUCGCAGAUUCGGCUAUUGCCUGCUACAUUUAGAACUGUUCAGGUUAUUCCUGAUACGCCUGGCACUUUUGAAUUUGGCUACCUAAAUGGCGGACCCGGUAUAGAAGGCAUGAUCAUGUAUUACCAAGUGGCGAACCCUGCAAAUUGAAUCAUAUACCCCAUUUUGUCAAAUGUAAAUUACUUUCCUCAAAAUUAAACACUGCAACCACACUAUGUACUUUUACUAUAAGCAAUCUAUACCCCAUUCACUAUUGAAGCACACGCCAAAUUUCGCCCUUCUUUUACAUUAAAAGAAGCGGCUUUCAUCAUCGUUGGGAUACCUUGUUAUUGCUCGAUCAUACGUAUCAAUUUCUCAUUUGUAGAUUAGUAAACAGCCA